AUGGGAAGACGUAUACGUGUACAGCGUAAGGGACCGGGAGGAAUCUUCAAGGCACACAACAAACACAGGAAAGGAGCCGCAAAACUAAGGCCGGUUGAUUAUGCGGAACGUCAUGGUUACAUAAAGGGUGUUGUAAAGGAUAUUAUCCACGAUCCAGGUCGUGGUGCACCUCUGGCGAUCGUUCAGUUCCGUGAUCCGUACAAGUUCAAGACCAACAAAUGUACGAUGAUUGCUGCUGAAGGCAUGCACACCGGUCAAUUCGUCUAUUGCGGUCGUAAAGCUCAAGUUCAAGUUGGCAACGUUCUGCCACUGGGUGAGUUGCCCGAAGGUACGACUGUCUGCAAUUUGGAGGAGAAGACCGGCGAUCGUGGACGACUUGCUCGAACAUCAGGAAAUUACGCCACUGUUAUUGCACACAAUCCAGAAACGAAGAAGACUCGUAUUCGUUUGCCAUCGGGUGCCAAGAAGGUAGUACAAUCAUCUAAUCGCGCUAUGAUUGGUAUUGUGGCCGGUGGUGGAAGGACAGACAAGCCACUGUUGAAGGCGGGUCGUGCCUAUCACAAAUACAAGGCUAAACGCAAUUGCUGGCCAACGGUUCGUGGUGUGGCAAUGAACCCAGUGGAGCAUCCUCACGGUGGUGGUAACCAUCAGCAUAUUGGUCAUCCGUCAACGGUCAAGAGAGGUACGAGCGCAGGUCGUAAGGUCGGUCUUAUUGCCGCACGUAGAACCGGUAGAAUUCGUGGUGGUAAACCCGAGAAGCACGGCAAAGAAGAGGCAGUUUAA